AUGCUAACACUCCAAAAGCUCUUAACGAUACGAAAUGGGCCAGGAGCGGCAAUUCUCCCGCCGGAUGUGACAAGGAUACACAUGGAGUUUGCUAUGAGGAUGAACGACGGACACAUGGGGCCGAGGAAGUUCUGGCGGGAUAACCUCCCACGAUUGAAGUUUUGGAACCCAGCUGUGCCCAUGAUUGUCAAUCGGGUAAAGGACCAGUCCGGGCCGGCCACGAUGAGCAUAUAUAUUCGCGAUGCCGACGCCGACGCCGACGCCGACGCCAACACCGACGUGCCUCUCUCUACUCCCACGCCGAACUCGUCGACGACGGGUCACUCUACAGCGCCGCCGCCCGCCAAGGGUGAGCGCGUUGAGGUCAUCUCGAUGAAGGACAUGCACUCGGACACUAUUCUCGCCAGCCUUAUCUCCAAGACAAAGGCAGUGCCGGUGCUUCCGACGCCCCAAGAGCAAAUACAGAUGGAAGAACUGGAAAAUCUGCGCCAGCAAGCAGAUGUUGACCGCGCACGGGUCUGGAAAAGGGUCGAGGCAGCGAAGAAAGAAGCGGCAAUGAUGGCCGCAGCAAGGGAUGAAGCUGCAUCUCUCAAGGCUGCCAUGUAA